AGACUAAGAUGGCGGCGGCGGCACGGCUGGGCUGGGGAGCUGCAGCUGGUGCUGCGGGGUUGCGCAGGCAGCAACUAUUUAGGAUUGAAGGAGUGAAAAGUGUCUUCUUUGGACCAGAUUUUAUCACUAUCACAAAGGAGAGUGAAGAGUUAGACUGGAAUUUAUUGAAGCCGGAUAUUUAUGCAACAAUCAUGGAUUUCUUUGCAUCUGGAUUACCCUUAGUUACUGAGGAAACAUCUUCAGGAGAAACAGGAUCUGAAGGUGGUGAUGAAGUUGUGGCAAUGAUUAAAGAACUGUUAGAUACUAGAAUAUGGCCAACUGUGCAGGAAGAUGGAGGAGAUGUAAUCUAUAAGGGCUUUGAAGAUGGCAUCGUACAGCUGAAACUCCAGGGUUCUUGUACUAGCUGCCCUAGUUCAAUCAUUACUCUGAAAAAUGGAAUUCAGAACAUGCUGCAGUUUUAUAUUCCAGAAGUAGAGGGCGUAGAACAGGUUAUGGAAGAUGAAUCAAAUGAAAAAGAAGCAAACUCACCUUAAAAUAAUUGGAGUUUUUGGGAGGCCCAGCAAUUGGA